ACAUUAAUUAAUACACACAUGCCUUAAUUCCUAUUAACUUUCAAACCACAACACUACACAGUUCUAAAACUUGCUAUAUAUCGAUUUCCCUUUGACCAUCAACUUAAUAUGGCUCACGUGAAAGAAUUUGAACACCUCAAAAUAAAGCUAGAAGAUAUAAUCAAAUCCACCAACAACUUUUCUCGUGACAAUUUUAUUGGCCAAGGAGGAUUUGGACCAGUCUAUACCGGAGAAAUUACACAUGCUAAGGGUCAUACCAUAGUUGCAUUCAAACGACUAAAUCGUGACCAUGGGCAAGGUGAUCCCGAGUUUUGGAAGGAAAUAAUGAUGCUUUCCAUUUAUAGACAUGAAAAUAUUGUCUCCCUCUUAGGAUACUGUGAUGAUUCUAAGGAGAACAUCUUAGUGUACGAGUAUGCGUCUAGAAAAAGCCUUGACCAGUAUCUCCACCAUGACGGUCUAACAUGGGUUCAACGUCUAAAGAUAUGUAUUGGAGCGGCUCGUGGGUUGGCACACCUCCAUAAUCCUCAAGACACCCAACUUAGACUAUUGCAUCGCGAUAUUAAAAGUUCCAAUAUAUUAUUGGAUGAAAAUUGGAAUGCCAAGAUAUCAUAUUUCGGUCUCUCUAAAUUUGGUCCUGCAAAUAAAAUGUUCACGUAUUUUAUCACUGACGCUGUAGGCACACUUGGCUAUUGUGAUCCUUUAUAUAUGGAGUCAGGUUUGUUAACGAAAGAGUCUGAUGUUUACUCUUUUGGCGUUGUGUUGUUUGAGGUAUUAUGUGGAAGGUUGUGUAUUCGUCAUAGAAACGACACACAACCUUUAAUCACAAUGGUGCGAAAAUAUAAGGAAGAAAAGAAAAUAAGUGAACUUAUUUAUAAUAAAAUAGAGAACACAAUAAAUCCGAAUGCCUUGGAAGUGUUUGUAAAAAUCGCGUAUCAAUGUUUGGAAAGAGAGCGUAAAGAACGUCCAUCGAUGACACACAUCGUCGAAGCCCUUGAACAUACACUCGAAAUUCAAGAGCAAAUAAUAGAUCAAGUUGAAAAAGUAGAUUUAUCGACGAAUGCCCUUUCGAGGCAGGCUGAUCUGGAUAGUGCAAAUAUAAGCAUGGCCAUGGCCAGGACUAGAAUUGAAGAAAAUGCCUUUGGAGGCUUUCUCAUUGUCACAAUCCAUAAAGCCUAUGAUCUUCAAACUAAGAAUCCGUUCAUCAUGCUCCGUGUUGGACAUGACUUCAGAAAAUCCACGGUGGUUAAGAAUAAUCGUAAUCCGGUAUGGGAAGAAACGUUCAAGUUUACUAUAGCGAAGCCGCCAACAAAAAAAACUACGUUGUAUAUGGUAGUUUGUUCUCGUGUGUCGAAUUUCAUAUUUCCUAGUACUACGGAGACUAUGGGUGACUUUGAUAUAAUCCUUGCGGACGUGGUAAAAGAAAGACAUAUCAACAAAAUAUACAAUCUUCCGAAAGGCCGGCUUCAUGUAGAGUUACAAUGGGAACCAUCAGCAUCGCCACUGGAACCGAAGCCAAAGAUGAAGCAAUUUCUUAGCUCAUUUUAUAAUGUCGGUAUUAAGGGGGUCCGGGGUGACUAAAAGUGAAAACCUACAGGGCCUAAUAUCUUGUAUAUAAUUAACUAAAAGUCGAUUGCAUGUGUUGAAUAACAUGAUAAAACAAA